GGUGGUGGAAAGAAGCGGCAGGAGCAGAGGAGAGCAGUUGUGAGUGGUGCUGGAAGGGGGAAGGAGGUGGGGGGUGUGGAGGGAGGAGAGGGAGAGGAGGAGGUGGAGAGCGGGAGUGCAGGAGAAAGUGGGGGAGAGAGUGGGCUUGAGAGUGGGAUCGAGAGUGGGCUUGAGAGUGGGAUCGAGAGCGGGAGUGAGAGCGGGAACGAGAGCGGGAGUGAAGGAGCGAGUGGGAGAGGGGCAGGGAGCGGUGGCAACGGGGCAGUGGUGGCAUUGAGAGCAGGCAAGGUGGAGGAGGUGGAGUUGCAUGAGGAGGCGGUGCAGUCGUAUGUGUCGUAUGCCAUGUCCGUCAUUGUCGGACGUGCUCUCCCCGAUGCUAGGGAUGGGCUGAAACCAGUGCACCGGCGAAUCCUUUACGCCAUGCAUGAGUUGGGCCUGGCGUCAUCCAAGCCUUUCCGCAAGUCAGCUAGAGUCGUGGGAGAGGUGUUGGGCCGAUUCCACCCACAUGGUGACACGGCAGUCUACGAUGCCCUAGUGCGCAUGGCACAGGACUUCUCACUCCGCGCCCCACUUGUGAACGGGCACGGCAACUUUGGGUCCAUCGAUGCCGACCCUGCUGCUGCCAUGCGCUACACCGAGUGCCGCCUGCAGCCCCUCACGGAGAAGAUGCUUUUGGAAGACAUUCGCAAUGACACGGUUGACUUUGCACCCAACUUCGAUGCAUCCACCAACGAGCCAACAGUGCUGCCAGCUCGGAUCCCUGUGCUUCUUCUCAACGGCUCUCAAGGGAUCGCGGUGGGCAUGGCGACCAACAUCCCCCCGCACAACUUGACCGAGCUUGUGGACGCGCUCUCAGCCUUCAUUGACAACCCCGCCAUCACCACAGACGAGCUCAUGCAGAUCUGCCAAGGACCAGACUUCCCCACUGGAGGGGUCAUUCUCGGCACAUCGGGCAUGGAGGAGGCGUAUCGCACGGGAAGGGGGUCCAUAGUGGUGCGGGGGAGGGCGUAUGUGGAGGAGCUGGGCGGAGGAGGAGCAGGGAGCAGCAGAGGCAACCGGAUUGGCAUUGUGAUCACAGAGUUACCCUACCAGACCAACAAAGCUGCCUUAGUCGAGAAGAUGGCGGAGCUGGUUAAUAGUAAGGUGGUGGAGGGGGUGAGUGACAUCCGCGAUGAGAGCGACCGCGGGGGCAUGCGCGUGGUGGUGGAGGUGAAGCGCGGCGCCACUCCCAUGGCUGUGCUGGCGUCCCUGUAUAAGCACACUCAGCUGCAAUCCCGAUUCAACUGCAACUUGGUGGGGCUGGUCAAUGGAGAGCCCAAGGAGAUGACUCUCCGAGACUUUUUCCAGGUGUUUCUGGACUUUCGCUGCCAGGUCAUCGAGCGCCGAACCAAGUUCCAGCUUCGGAAGGCAGAGGACCGGGAGCACUACGUGCAGGGUCUGCUGAUCGGCCUGGGAAGCCUGGAUCGAAUGGUGGACAUCCUCAAGGCGGCUGCCACUCCCGCUGAUGCUGCUGCCACUCUCCAGCAAGCACUUGGCUUAUCCCCCAUACAAGCUGAUGCUCUUCUCAGUACACCACUCCGGCGCCUCACUUCCCUUGAGGUGUCUAAGCUAGAGGAGGAGCACGCCCGUCUGAAGGCAGACAUAGCAGACCUGCAGGGGCUGCUGGCGAGCAGGAAGAGAAUCCUGCAGACUGUGAAGCGAGAGGCUGUGGCGCUCAAGGACGAGUUUGGGGGGCCGAGGAGGACGAGGAUAGAGGCGGACGGCACUGCAGGGGACCUGGAUCCUUCUGACGUCAUCCCCAAUGACACCGUGCUGCUGAAUCUGAGUGAGCGGGGGUAUGUGAAGCGCAUGGCUGCAGACACGUUCUCGGCACAGAAGAGGGGCACGGCGGGCAAGUCGGGAGGCAAGCUCAAGGCGGACGAUGCGAUGGCGCGCUUCGUGGUGUGCCGCACCCACGACACCGUGCUGUUCUUCAGUGAUCGAGGGGUGGCCUACACCAUGAAGGGCUAUCAGAUUCCCGAGGGUUCCCGCACUGCCAUUGGCUCACCCAUCUCCCAGAUCGUCCCCCUACAAGACUCAGAGCGCAUCACAUCGAUGCUGCCAGUGGGGGAUUUCUCAGAAGACGCUUAUCUCGUCAUGAUGACGCGAGGGGGCUUCAUCAAGCGCACUGCGCUGCAUGCCUUCAGCGACACACGCAAGAGCGGCCUGAUUGCCAUUCAGCUGGGCGACGGCGAUGAGCUGGCGUGGGUGCGGAGGGCGACAGCUGGCGACUCCCUAUUGGUCGGCUCUCAGUUUGGCAACAUCGUUCGCUUCGCGUGCGACGACGACCAGCUGAGGCAGAGCGGGCGCACGGCAAGGGGAGUGAGGGCCAUGCGCCUGAGGGAGGGGGACAUCGUCGCUGCCUUGGAGAUCGUGCCAUCUGUCGCCUCCGAGUCCAAGGACGGGGGCCCAUGGGUGGUCAUGGCCACUCGCAACGGGAUGGGCAAGCGUGUUCCCACGAACCAGUUUGCCAACCAGCGGAGGGGGGGCGUGGGAGUGAAGGGCAUCAAGUUGGGCCAAGGGGAUGCACUGGUGGCGCUACGUCUGGUGGGGGAGGGUACUGCUGACAGAGACGGCGUUGACACUGCUACUGAGGCAGGUGCUGGAGGUGCUGCUAUGGAGUAUGGCGAACUGCUAGUGGGCAGCGACGGGGGCAUCAUCAACCGGCUGCGAGUGCGAGACAUCCCCAUCCUCUCCCGCACCACGCGGGGAUGCCGCCUCAUGCGCAUUGCCUCAGGCGAUAGCCUGGCAUCGCUGUCGCUUGUGCCGGGAGCUGCUGAAGGGGAGUUGGAGGAGGAUGGCGUGCCGUUAGUGGUGCCCGAGAGAGGGGUGAGCGAUGAGGAGGAAGGGGGAGAGAGUGAGGAGAAGGUGGAGGGAGGGAGCAGGGUAAAGGCGAAGGUGGUACGGUAG